AUGCGGAGUUAUGGUCGUGCCCUGAGGAUUCAGUCCGCUGGGUCCGGCUCCACGCAUACGAGUUCCCGUGGGAACGUCCGUCGGUGGUCGGGAGGCCUCGUAUGGUGCGCUGCGAUGUCGCGUAGGUGUGCGAAGUUGGAGGCGUCUACGCGGGCGAACGUGUUGGUCGCGGAUGAAUUCAACGAGGCUCUCCUGACGGAGGUCCCGGGCGAUGGUCGCGUUUCUCACGAGCGCGGCGCGUCGAUGAUGCGUCGGAGUGUUUUAUUCUGGUGA